AUGGCCGACUUCUCUUCCGCGCCCGUGGGCAACUCAGACUCCUCGGAACGUCCUACCAACAACAGUGCUUCCAAGCCUUCCCUGGAGACUGCCAAGCUGUCCAGCCUGCCCGACCUCAGUUUGCCCCCAAAGCCAGUCUUUGUCGAAGGCUCCACGACUGGGAACAAUGCUUCCGGUGCCCUGAACCCCGACAGCAAUGCCGCUGCUAAGAAGGAUGACUCACCCUCCAGCUCGGUCGGCGGUGGACUUUUUAAUGGAAGCACCGCGGUUACCGAUAAAAAGGACAGUACCGAUUUUGCCAAGCCCGUCACGCCCGUGAGUGAGGCCAACGGCGGCAUCGACACGUUCCACAGCGCCUCCGGUGGCGGCAACGGCAGCAGCGACAACAAGCCUACCACUGCACCCCUACCAUUAAUUGAUGAGGCGCCAGCAGAGAAGCCGGGACCAUCAGAACCUACUGCAACCAGCAGCGUCCCCACCGCCUCGGCCCCCUCCGUGACGCUCAUCGCGCCGACGGCGCCCACCACUAAUGGCAGCGCGGUGCCGUCCUUGCCAUCCGGCCUCCCCCCCAAGCCAGCAGAGCCGUCUGCGCCUUCUCAGGCAGUUGCGCCCGCUGAAUCUGUCACAUCCGGCAAUGCUAUCGUUGGUGAGAAGCGCAAGGCCGACGAAGCGGCCGACGACAAGUCCGCAGCAGCGGCUCCCGAAGCAUCUGCUCCCGCACCCGUCAGCUCCCUCUUUGGCGGCUCCGCGGCUAUUUCAUCGUCACUCCCCGCCAAACCGCUUGCCGCCACCGUCGAGUCUGCCGAUGACAGCGAGGACGGCGCAUCCGCCGCCAAGAAGCUCAAGACCGACACCAAGGCCGAGACGGCAACGGCUGCCGAUGCGGCGCCCACGUCCACUCCGGCUGCGCCGCCCGUCGAGGUCCCUGCGCCCUCGCCCGUCACCGUCGCGACCCCCGCUGCCGACCCCAUCACAGCCCCUGUGGGCGCACCUGCUGGCGUGGCGCCUGCUCUCGAAGUGAACCUCGGGCCGGCUCCCUCGGCCGACGAAAUCGCGUCGACCUCAACAACGGCCCUCGGCGUCAAAAAGAGCAACAGCCGCGCCAAGCGCGAGAAGAAGCCGCUUCCGCCUGUUGGUAAAACGGCACGCAAGACGCGCAGCCAAGGACCAGCGUAG